AUGGGACACGCUCGGUGCACGAAAUCUGAUGAGGGUUACGGACUCGAGGUCAAACACACGUUCCACAAGAUCAAAACGUUUCAAUCGAGACUAACGUCUGUAGCAGAAGGCAUCCGAACAUCGAAUAUCCCGGACUCGGUCUACACGAAUUUCUUCGAGAGUCAAAAGCGGUUCAAUGAAAAGAACAUCCAAGAAAGGAGCAAUAGGACAAAGCGAAAAUUCCAAAACAUCAUAGUCCGUAACCCUCAUCAGAUUUCGUGCACCGAGCUACCAACACACAACUCGAAGGCCAUUCACAACGGUACACAGGUAGUGGUACCACCGGAGGCGGAAGUUCUACUGAGCCUUGGUCCGAAGUUCGCUCUACCGGUCACAGCAGCGGACCGUGUCCCAUUCCUACAUCUAAUGGCUGAUGUGGAGCAGAUUAUCAAGACAAAUCCCAUUCCUGAAGUGCAGGAUCGUAACCGAUGCGCUGUAGCGAACAUCAUCACGAACUACAUCCAUGGCAGCAGAAACAGGUCAGCUCCGGUAGAUCCAGUAGCAAAAUUCUGCGAAAAUGCCCAAGCAGUCACACGUAGCUUUCUGAAGGACAAUCCGAACGUCUACGUUGUCAGAUCGGACAAGGGCAACAAGACGGUCCUGAUGGAAUCCGAGGACUACAAGAAGAAGAUGCUUGAACUACUACAGGAUCGAACAACCUACGCCCCAAUCCCACGCGAUCCAACUUCCAGGUAUGAAAGACUGAACAACAACAUAGUUCGAAGGAUCAGAAACCUGGACAUCAUCGACGAUAGGACGGCCAAGCAGCUAACCAGGUACAAUGCGGUGUGCCCAAGGAUCUACGGGCAGCCCAAAGCACAUAAACCGGGCCUGCCGCUGAGACCCGUCGUACCGAACAUCACUGCUCCGUCGUACAACCUGUCGAAAUUCAUCGGCAAAAUUUUCCAGCAAUCACUGGUAAGCACAUACAAUAUCAAGGACUCGUUCUCGUUCUGCCAGUUUAUCAACAACGUUACCCUACCCGAAAACUAUGUGCUAAUCUCGCUUGAUGUGAAAUCGCUAUUCACAUCCAUUCCAAAAUCGCUGGCAAUAAGUAGCAUCAUCUCGAGGUGGGACGAAAUUAGACCAAAUACUGGCAUUUGUUUGGAUCUAUUCCUUGAAAUAGUUGAAUUUUGCAUAGAUGCUAGCUAUUUCAAAUUCGACGGGCAGCACUACCAACAGAUCUUCGGCACCGCGAUGGGAAAUCCGCUGUCGCCAGCGAUAGCAGAUUGGGUGAUGGAAACCUUGCUGGAUACUGUCGUCCGAAUGCUCAAUAUCCCAUUGCCCUUCCUGCGAAAAUUUGUCGAUGACCUGAUAACAGCAAUCCCUAUCAGCGAAUUGCAACAUGUUCUAGACACUUUUAAUAGCUAUGACGUCCACAUCCAGUUCACUUACGAACUGGAAGUGGAUAACAAACUACCCUUCCUGGACAUGCUUCUAACCAGACACAGCAACCAGAAGGUAACCACACAAUGGUACCAGAAACCCAUUGCAAGUGGAAGAUUUCUGAACUUCAGGUCAUACCAUCCCCUCAGCCAAAAGCUGAACAUGGCAAAGAAUUUCGCUAGACGUGUCUAUCAGCUAUCCACGGAUUUAGACGACCGUGAAAAAGCAAAAAUAAUCGAUGCACAGCUGCAACUAAACGAUUAUCCAAAACCGCUACGACAUAGGAUCGCAAACAGGAUGAAUGAGCACGUCGAUGAUCACCAACAGCAGCCACAAAACCUGGAAUAUACCUACCGUCGCAUUCCAUACAUAACACACCUGUCGAACAGAAUCGACAGGGUUCUACAGCGAGAUUACGGCAGCAUACGACUCGCAAAAUACAACGUCCGGUCAACCAGAGAGCUCUUCACCAUGGUGAAAGAUCCAGUCCCACCAGAGCAACAGAGUAAUGUCGUCUACAUCAUUCCAUGCAGCAACUGUGAAGCUACGUACGUUGGAAUGACAACCAACCGCCUAAAAACUAGAAUAUACGGACACCAAACACAUUACAACACUCUGGAAAAACUGCUGGAACAAGGAAGCGAUGCAAACGACCCACAAAUUGUUGCUCUAGGGGAGAAAACUGCACUGAUGAACCACAGCAUCAACAAACAACAUCGAUUUGAUCUGAAAAAAGUGAAGAUAUUAGACAAAAAUGUAAACGCACACACACUACAGUUUCUCGAGAUGGGCCACAUAGCAAGUAACAAAAAUUGUGUAAACAAAAGAACAGACACUGAAGGCCUACAUGCGAUUUACGCUGGAAUAAUUUACGAAAUAGGAAAUAUAAACAAAAUACGAAAUAGGCAUGAUACACAAGAACACACCCACACCACAACACAAAAUUCCAGAUGAUCCAACACUAACACAUACUCAAGCAAAAGUUAGCGAAAACAGCCACAAACUGUUUAGGUCAAAAGCGUAGGCGAUAAAACAGUGCGAUUAUAGCAUAGAACGCGAGCCAAAAAGCUAGAUUUUUAUAGCAAAAAGCCUCCCACGAUACAGUAGCUCGCAAAAAUUUCGCGACACAUGCACCGCAACGGGCGCCAUCUCGAAAACCAUGUACCUAGACUAUCCGAUGUAGAGCAUUACUAUACAUGUACAAGAGAACGUAACCUCUGUAAGCAAUAGGGUGAGUCAGAAAUCAUGAACUGCAAAUUAAUUUUUCAAAAUUUUAGAAUCCUUGAAAAAGGUAAAAUAUAUUACCGAAACCGUCGGAUGUAGAGAGAAUAUCGUUUCUCGCUGCUCUUUAAGACUGCAAAGGCCGAGAAUAUCACGU